AUGGUCAACACCCGCGGUCAGCCUUUGCAAGUUCUUGGUUCCAAAGAAUUGAACUCAAGAACCAAUCUUCAAGCCAGAAAUCAAUAUGAUCAACACAGAAUUGAGAAACCAAAGAAGAAGAAAGAAAAGUUAUCCUCAUUGUGUAAAACUCCGCCAUCAACUAUCAAAACGAGAAGUGGAAGAGAGUACAAUAGAGGAUCGUGUCUAGGUGAAGGUGGUUUUGCCCGUUGUUUUCAAAUUAAGGACGAUACUGGUAGAGUCUUUGCUGCUAAAACCAUUGCUAAGGCAUCGAUCAAGAACGAAAAAACAAAAACUAAACUUUUGUCAGAAAUCAAGAUCCAUAAAUCAAUGUCUCAUCCUAAUAUUGUCCAAUUCGUUGAUUGUUUCGAAGACGAUGUCAAUGUUUACAUUUUGUUGGAAAUUUGUCCAAACCAGUCACUCAUGGAUUUAUUGAAGAGAAGAAAGCUUUUAACUGAGCCAGAAGUUAGACAUUUUAUGAUCCAAAUCAUUGGUGCUAUCAAAUAUAUGCACAGUAGAAGAGUUAUUCACAGAGAUUUGAAAUUAGGGAAUAUCUUCUUCGACCCAGAAAUGAAUUUGAAGGUCGGUGAUUUUGGUUUGGCUGCUGUUUUACCUCAAGGCAAAAGCAAGAAAUACACAAUCUGCGGUACACCGAACUAUAUUGCCCCAGAAGUUUUGGCAGGAAAGUCUGUUGGCCAUUCCUUUGAAGUUGAUACAUGGUCAAUUGGUGUUAUGAUGUAUGCCUUACUUUUUGGUAAGCCACCGUUCCAAUCUAAGGAAGUCAAGGAAAUUUAUGAAAGAAUUAAAGAAAAUGAUUACCACUUCCCAAUUGACAAAGACGUCUCUGAUGAAGCUAAAGAAUUGAUCACGGACAUUCUUUCAACAAAUCCUUUAAGAAGACCAACCAUGGAUGAAAUUCUUCAAUAUCCUUGGUUCAAAGGCCCAUUUCCACUGUCUUUGCCAAAAGAUAUUUUGGUUAGUGAACCUGAUUUCAGUUACCUCACUCCUCAAGAAUCAUUACAAAACUUCUAUAACGUUCAGAAAGCCGCUGGUUUGGUUAAUACUGUUUCUAAGAACCCAAUUGAAAUCUUGAAAUCUGACUUGGAGUCCGAGAAGCCGAAGAAGAUCUUACCUCACUCGUUAUCACCUGGUAAUGCUAAGAGUAAAUACAGAGAAAUGAUGGUCACUGACCCAAAGAUGAUCAGAAGAAUUUCUGCUGAAAUAAACACUACCCCUCCAAUGCUUCUGAAGUCUGAUGAAAUCCUCGCCAAAGAGUGUUUAGAAACCCUCAAUGGUAUUAAUAUUUGCCAGAGACAAGCUAGAAUGAGAUCAACCACCUCAUCGGUUCAAAUCACUUCUAAACCAGUCUUAGUUAGUAAAUGGGUUGACUAUUCCAAUAAGCAUGGUUUCUCAUAUCAACUAUCAACUAAUGACAUUGGUGUUCUUUUCAACAAUGGGCACACAAUGCUUAAGUUGGCUAAUGGCAAAGAUGUUUGGUACAUUAUUAAUGAUUCCAAUGAAGGUUGGAUUGCUGACAGUUAUGUCAUUGAUAACUUGCCAAGUGGUUUGAAGAGAGAAGGUGAAAUUGUUAACUUUUUUGACAAGUAUAUGAAGACCAACUUGUGCAAAGUUUCCAACGAAGAUUCCGAUAGAGGAGAUGAUGUUUGGUUAAGAAGAUACAAUCGCUGUGACCCAUAUGUUAUGUUUGAAUUAAGUGAUGGUUCAUUCCAGUUCAAUUUCAGAGACCACCAUAAACUAUGUAUUAGUAGUAAAGGUACUAUUGUUACUUAUAUUUCUCCAAGUCGUUCUGCUCAUUCUUUCCCAUUAGUUGAUAUUCUUAGAUAUGGUGGUAUCCCAGGCCACCAGGAGAUCGAAUUUGACAAGAAAUUCUCUAUGAUGAAGGACGCAUUGAGGGAAAAGGCAGUUGUUUAG